AUGGAUCAUCUCGAAAAAUCGAAGAGAUCCCAAAACGAUCCUCCUAUCUCCGACAGAGAGAGCAACGAUGUCAGCAAUGACAGAGAUGACAUCCAACUUCGUCCGAGGGGUACCGGGACACGGGCGAUCCAGGUCUGCGCCACGGCUGCUCUCGGCGGAUAUCUCUACGGUUUCUCGGUAAAUUCUAUGAGCGGAACGUUGGCACAAACCAGCUUCAAAAACUUAUUCCUAACGACAUCAAACGCAAGUUCUCUCAUGGACGGGCUGCUAGCAUGUUUUAUGGGUGGCGCUUUCAUUGGGGCUGUUGUACAGGCUCCCGUGUCGAAUAAAUGGGGACGUCGUAAAGCAAACCUCGCGGCUGCUCUUGUCUCGACCGUGGCUGGAGUUCUCCAAUCUUCAUCUUAUCGCAUCGAAAUGCUUCUCGUCGGUCGGGUCAUUUGUGGUAUCGGUGGCGGAAUGGUAAUCGCCAAUAGCCCAGUUUACAUGAGUGAAGUCGCCCCGCCUCACACUCGCGGUCUACUGGUAGGGUUUCAAGGUAUAGCAAUCGGCUGUGCCUAUGCCACCAGCUCAGUGUGCGCUCUAAUAUUCAGCUUUGUCAAAAGCCCAGUCCAAUGGCGUCUAAUAUACAUUGUCCAAACCGCCAUAGCAGUCGUGUUUGCCCUCUCGAUUAUUUUUCUACCGGAGUCACCGCGAUGGCUCAUGGAAAAAAGUAAAGAAGAACAAGCCAUUAAAGAGCUCGAGAGGUUACAUAGAACUCAGUCGGAUGCAAAUGGGGCUCUUGUCCGCGCUGAAGCUAUUCAGAUCAAAUCUCAGGUUGAGGCCGAGAGGCAUUUGCCAAAGGGGUACAUAUCAAUCUUCAAAACACGACCACUUCGCAAACGAGCGUUAUGUUCUAUACUAUUAUGGGUAAUGGGACAAGGUACUGGAAUUACUGCCAUUGCUAAUCUAUUCCCCGUUCUUAUGGGCCGAUUGGGGUUCGACGACACUCUUCAGCUUGGCUUGGCUUGUGCGUGGACAGGUGUAGUGAUCUUUGGGUGCGUAGUGAACGUCAGUUUAAUCGACAGAAUCGGUCGCGUUAGGCUUCUUGGUGAGACUUCUAUAAAAAUUCCUGAAUUUUCUUCGACUAACAAGCUCGAUCGAGUAAUUGGGGGAGUAAUUAAUGCCGCAGCACUCGCGAUCAUGACAGGGCUUAUGAAAUAUUAUCUUAGCUCUACCUAUCAUCCCGGUAUCAACGCUAUCGUCGCAUUUUACUUCAUCUUCGCAUUCGCUUUUGCCUCGAUGAUUGAUUGUACCUCGUACGCUUACGGUUCGGAAAUAUGGCCCACGUAUCUGCGAAGCGAAGGGUCUACAAUCAUUUUUGCUUCAUUCUUCGCCAAUUCUCUUGCGUAUAACGCCCCUAUAAACCAGGCGCUGGAUAACAUUGGUUGGAAGUACUAUCUCGUUUUUGUCACAGUGACUGUGGUAUCUACAGCACUUAUCGCUGUCUAUUUCCCAGAGACUAAAAACCUUACGCUCGAAGAGAUUUCUGCGAAAUUUGGUGAUGAUGUGGCUGUCAAUUUCAAGGACGCCAUGGCGGCUGAACUUCAAGAAAGGCCUAGUAACGGAAAUAAGAUGUGA